GGCUCUAUAGUUUCCGGGCGGGAGUAUAGUACUGUAUUGGCCUAGUUUCGAACCAGAGCCACAGGCAUGGCUCUGCUUCCAGGAUUCCGCCAUUUCAUCACCCAUUUUUACAGAACUUCACCCUCCAUGGCUUUUCUCUUAACCCACCUCCAUGCCCCUGUUUCCACACCAUGCUCUCUCUCCCACAUACCCAAAUCCUCCAACCCUGUUCUUCCAAAAUCUCUUACAAAGUCCCACGCUACUCCAAAACAUAAUGCCUUGGUUUUGACUCGAGAUGAGCGCCUGGAGAAUUCUCGUGCCGAACAAAUUGAGAAUUCGAGCACAAUUGCGGCCAUCGUGACGUCCAUGGGGGGUUCCCCUGCUGCGGUGGGGAUUGUGCGAUUAUCGGGUCCUCGUGCUGUGACUAUAGUUGGGAGUUUAUUUCGCCCCGCCGCGAGAAAGAAGACGAAGAAUUUGAGUCCGCAUUCAUGGAGACCAACUAGCCAUGUCGUGGAGUACGGUGCGGUUUUGGACCAACAGGGCGAUGUAAUUGACGAAGUUUUGGCGGUGCCGAUGCUGGCCCCAAGAUCUUAUACUCGUGAAGAUGUGGUUGAGCUUCAGUGUCACGGGAGUGAAGUAUGUCUCCGACGUGUGCUAAAGGCUUGUUUAGAAGCUGGAGCCCGGCUUGCAGAACCAGGUGAAUUUACUCUUCGUGCCUUCUUAAAUGGCCGCUUAGACCUUUCCCAAGCAGAAAAUGUUGGGAAACUAAUUUCAGCCAAGUCUACGGCUGCUGCACAUGCUGCGUUGGCUGGAAUUCAGGGAGGCUUCUCUUCCUUAGUCAAAUUGCUAAGAACACAAUGCAUUGAAUUACUCACUGAAAUCGAGGCCCGUCUAGACUUUGAUGAUGAGAUGCCACCAUUAGACUUGGAACUUGUAAUGGAUAAAGUACAUGCCAUGUCACAAGAUGUAGAGACUGCUCUUGAGACGGCCAAUUAUGACAAGCUUCUUCAGUCUGGAAUACAGAUAGCAAUUGUUGGCCGCCCUAAUGUUGGGAAGUCAAGCCUUCUCAAUGCAUGGAGCAGAAGCGAGAGGGCGAUAGUUACAGAAAUUGCUGGAACUACCAGGGACGUAAUUGAGGCGAAUGUCACAGUUUGUGGUAUCCCUGUGACUCUUCUGGAUACAGCUGGAAUUAGGGAAACAGAUGACAUUGUGGAAAAGAUUGGCGUAGAGAGAUCUGAAGCUGCUGCUCUUGGGGCUGAUGUCAUUAUUAUGACUAUAAGCGCCCUAGACGGAUGGACUACAGAAGAUACCAUACUUCUUGAUAGGAUACAGUCAAAAAAGAAAUCAAAUGGAUCAGCCACUCCUAUACUUCUGGUAAUAAACAAGAUAGACUGUGUUCCAUCUCCAAACAUGGAUGAUCUUGGUAUGAACUAUGAUUCUUUCAAUAAACAAGUUUAUACAUGCGCUGUCACCGGACAAGGAAUAGAGAAUCUGGAGAUGGCAAUAUCCGAGCUGGUGGGUCUCGACAAAACUCUUGCAAGUGGACGUAGAUGGACAGUAAACCAGAGACAAUGUGAGCAGCUUCUUCGAACCAAGGAGGCGCUUGCAAGACUAAAAUCUUCCAUUGAAGAGGAGUUGCCUCUUGAUUUUUGGACAGUGGAUUUGAGAGGUGCUGCUUUAGCUCUUGGGCAAAUAAGUGGUGACGAUAUCUCUGAAGAGGUUUUGUCCAAUAUUUUUGGCAAGUUCUGUAUUGGUAAGUAGAUAGUACCAAUGUAUAUAAUGCCAGUGAUUAUAUUUAAAUUAAUUCGAUUUGAAUUUUCUCUU